AUACUUUACUUAGUCAGCAACCUUUAGAAAAGCAAAAAAUCUAUAAACACACACACACACACACAAAAAAGACAAAAAUUUGCACAAUUGUUGAUGAGACUAAUUGUUACUAGUAGUUAAAAAAAUGAUGUUACUGAUAAAUCUAUAUGAGAACUACGAAAAGUUUGUCAACUCAACUUUUGUGAAAAAAUAUUGUUAAAUUUUUUAUACAUGUUGCAUUGCUAUUAAAUAAAGGAAAUCAAAUCUGAAUGCUCAACCAACUUUAAUCAAAUAUUUGCUUUUUAGAUAAACUUAUUGACAAAAAGGGAAAAUAUCUAUAAACACAAAAAAUUGUACAAUUGUUGAUGAGACUAAUUGUUAAUAGUAGUUAAAAAAAUGAUGUUAGUGAUAAACCAAUAUGAGAACUACAAAAAGUUUACCAACUCAACUUUUGUGAAAAAAAGUUGUUAAAUUUUUUAUGUAUGUCACAUUGCUAUUAAAUAAAGGAAAUCAAAUCUGAAUGCUCAACCAACUUUAAUCAAAUAUUUGCUUUUUAGAUAAAUUUAUUAUAAUAUUUUAGCCUCUACUAACUUUCUAAAGUGAUUGGACCAGCUUUAAUUUUGGGCAUUUUUUUUCUUCUUAAAAAAAAAAAAAAAAAAAUUGGGGAAUGAGAUUUUGACUAUAUGAAUAUGAUGGUUUUAGUAAAUUUUUGGUAAAUGUUUGGGCUUUCAUAUGCCAAUCGUUUAAUUUUUGUAGUUGGAUUGUUAUUUGGGCUUUUUUUUUUUAAGGAGGCGGAUGAUGUUGUUAGGUUGUUAGGGGGGGCCAAGUUUAUUGGGCUAAAUUCUAAAAUAAGUAUUGUGAUAAGGAGAUUUUUGAAAUGCUAUAUAUGGGGGCCAUGGCCCCUUUGGUCUCCCGACCCAAAUCCCCUACCUCUAUCCCUGCCAGCAAUUGAAGUAUGGUAUGUAGUACUUGAUUUUUUCUUCUCCCUUUAAUUUUAAACUUUGGAUACUUCUUAAAAGGGAAAAAAAUUAUGUGACAAACUAUGAUUGAUUAGUAGAGAAUAAUGCAAAAUACUCAUAGAGGAAGACUUUUAGGCAUGACUUAAUCUGACUUUAUUUUCUUGAUAUGAUAUGAUAUGAUAUUAUGCACGCAGGCUUAUAUUGUGUAUAUGGGCAACAAGAGGGAUGAGGUUUCCACAUCAUCCCUUUACACAAGCAUGCUACAAGAUGUCAUCGGCAGGUUAUAAAACCAUAUUGGUCCAGAAUCUUUACUUUAUAGCUACAAAAGGAGUUUCCAUGGAUUUGCAGUGGAGCUAACUGAGCAAGAAGCUCAAAAAAUGGCUGGAAUGGAUGGGGUAGUGUCGGUGUUCCCUAACCAAAAAAAAGAGCUCCAUACAACAAGGUCAUGGGACUUCCUUGGCCUUCCUAAGCAAGUCAAUAGACCAACAACUAAGAGCGACGUCAUUAUAGGAGUAUUCGACACUGGAAUUUGGCCGGAGUCUGAUAGCUUUAAUGACAAAGGAUUUGGUCCACCACCUAGCAAAUGGAAGGGCAAAUGUCAAGCCCCAACCAAUUUCACUUGCAACAAUAAAAUCAUUGGAGCAAAAUAUUACCGUAGCGAUCGAGAUUUUCAAAAAGAAGAUUUUCGAUCUCCAAGAGAUUCAGAAGGCCAUGGAACACAUGUUGCAUCAAUAGCAGCUGGGAACUUAGUGAGCAAGGCCAGCGUAAAAGGCAUUGGUUUGGGAACAGCACGAGGAGGGCUUCCAUCAGCACGUAUUGCUGUGUACAAAGUAUGUUGGUAUCUUGGCUGUGAUGAUGUUGAUAUUCUUGCAGCAUUCGAUGAUGCCAUUGCUGAUGGAGUUGACAUAAUAUCUAUUUCAAUUGGUGGAUCUUCUGACAACUAUUUUAUGGAUACAAUUGCCAUUGGUGCCUUUCAUGGUAUGAGAAAUGGAAUAUUGACAUCAAGUUCUGCUGGUAACCGAGGUCCAUAUCUAGCAACACUCUCAAGCUUCGCCCCAUGGUCUCUUUCUGUGGCUGCAAGCACCAUGGACCGAAAGUUCUACACCAAGGUCCGAUUAGGUAACAACAAGAUCUUUGAGGGUAUUUCAAUUAAUACAUUUGACCUCAAAAAUGAAACGUAUCCAAUUAUUUAUGGUGGAGAUGCACCAAACAAGACAGAAGAGUAUGAUUCAUCCCUGUCCAGGUAUUGCUACGAAGAUUCCUUGGACAAAAAUUUGGUGAAAGGUAAAAUUGUACUUUGUGAUGUUGAGAAUUAUGGGGUUGGGCAACUCUUAGCUGGUGCAGUUGGUACUGUGAUGCAAGGCCGACGCCCCAGUUCUGGGGCUUUUGCGUUUCCCUUGCCUGCAGCUUACCUUAGCUUGGAGGAUGGUGGCGAUAUUUACUUGUACAUAAAUUCGACAAGAAGCCCAACUGCGACUAUUCUUAAGACUGAUGACCGUAAAGAUCCAUUUGCGCCUUACAUAGCUGAGUUCUCAUCUAGAGGUCCAAACCCAGCUGCACACAACAUUCUCAAGCCCGAUUUAGCUGCUUUUGGAGUGGACAUUCUAGCUGCAUGGCCACCAAUUUCUCCAAUUUCCCCAAUUUCUGAUGUCAAUUUUGAUAAGAGAGCAUUGUCAUAUAAUAUAAUCUCGGGGACAUCAAUGUCUUGCCCUCAUGGUUCAGGGGCGGCUGCAUACAUCAAAUCUUUCCACCCCACAUGGUCACCUGCGGCUAUCAAAUCUGCUCUAAUGACUACUGCUGUCCCCAUGAAUCCUGAAGAGAGCUCUGGAGCUGAAUUUGCAUAUGGUGCAGGCAAUAUUAAUCCACAUAGGGGUGCAAAUCCUGGUUUAAUAUAUGAUAUUGAUGCACUUGACUACAUAGCUUUUUUGUGUGGACAAGGAUAUAGUACGAAGUUAUUACAAGCUAUUACCGGAGACACUAGUAGUUGUCCCAAAGGUACUAAUAGAAAAGUUUUCGAUCUAAACUAUCCUUCUUUUGCUCUAUCCCCACCAUCCUCAAAUUCUAUAAGUCAUGUUUUCAAUCGGACAAUCACCAAUGUUGGAACAUCAACAUCUACAUACAAAGCUAUUGUGAGCACCCCACCUGGACUUAGUAUCAAAGUGAACCCUAGUGUUCUAUCAUUUACAUCUCUCAAACAAAAGCUAUCAUUUUCCCUUAUGAUUAAAGGAACAAUAGAUAGACAAAUAGUCUCUGCUUCUUUAAUUUGGGAUGAUGGCACAUUUCAAGUGAGGAGCCCCAUUAUUGUUGUGUAUGAAGCAUUUUGACAUUCUAUAUAUGGAACAUGUAUUACCAAUAUUAAGCAAGCAAAAGCUUUGAAUUCAAAAAU